CUGAUUUAUUCGAGGGCCCCCCGGGCUCCCCGGAGCCCCCCGAGAUCCAACGGGAACGGGAUCAAUUCCUGCGGAUUCGGGAUCAGGACCAGGACGGGCGUUUGGGGCCCCCCGAGGUCAAACUUUGGCUGAGCCCCCCCAGCCCCGACUGGGCCGGGGUGGAGGCCGAGCACCUGAUCCACCACGCUGACCUCAACCAGGACGGGGCCCUGAGCCGGGAGGAGAUUUUGGGGCGCUGGGAGAUUUUCGUGGGCAGCAGAGCCACCGACUACGGGCAGGACCUGCACAGGGGCCACGACGAGCUCUGAGAAAGGCCAGGAAGGACCCCAAAAACAGCCCCAAAUAUUCCCAAAAUAUCACCAAAAUAUCACCAAAAAUAUCCAUAAAAUAUUGGAAAA